AACCUAAAAAAUCUCAAAAUUUCACAAUAUUUUUGUUUCGUGCCAGAAUUGUUUGCCAGGAAGAGACAAGAUUCUUCUUGUGACUGUGAGUCUUUCUUAGCGCUUUUAGUUCUGCUUCUUUAAGUUUUCAAGAUGAAGUGCUCCAUGCAUGGAUCAAAUGCGAGAGUGCUCCAUAAAGUCAUACAAAACCUGGCAAAGAUCGGAAGUGAUUUGUACCUGGAAGCAAUGGCAUCUGGUUUGUCCUUGCGUGCUGCUAACUCCAUUCACUCCUCAUUUAUGAAGGUGCACUUCUCCCAGAGCUUCUUCAUUGAGUAUCAUCAGCAAAUAGUUCCCUCGUCCGAAAGCAACGAAACAAAAUGCCGAGUCUCCCUGAAAUCCCUGCUGUCUGUGUUCAGGAAUAUAAAGCAAGUAGAGGUAUGUAUUUUAAGGCUGGACCAUGACAAAGACAUGCUCACCAUCCGCUUGAGAUGCGCUGAGGAAAAGGUGCGAAUGAUGUACGUGCCAAUUUUGGAGCAGGAGACUCUGGAUGCUGUUAUGCAGAGAGACAUGCCUAGUUCUUUGGUCUGUUCAGCGAGUCUCUUCACAAAUAUCACAAAUAGCCUUCAGGCAGAGGCAGAAAUCACAAUGGAUGUGUCAAAUGAUAAAAUUAUUCUAAAGAAUUACAUUGAUGACAGGAUUGUUGAUAAGACUGUGGUGCGAACCAGGUUUACCCUUCAUCCGGAAGAAUUCCAGGAGUACAGUAUUGCACAGGAGACAAGACUCACCUUCUGUCUGAGGAGUUUUCGAGCAAUCCUAGCACUUGGGGAAGCUUUGGGAGCAAGUUCGAAUAUCAAAUUGGAUUUUGACUCAGAAGGUGAUCCAAUGCUGUGCACUGUAAAUGAGGAUCCUAUCGAAGGAUGUCUUUUGCUAUCAACACUGGCACGGGAAAUGUACGAGAACUCAAUGGCGACAACGUACGAUGAGGCUGUUCAUUCGGAAAUCCUACCCAAUGAUAGUUCGAUGAGAAAAUCCCAGAAUAAGCGUCAGAAAUCUCCAUCACUGGAGAAACAGUUCAAAUCUCCUGUACCCCCAAAGAGGCCAAGACCUGAGAAACCUUGUCCGGAACUCAUGACAAAGAGUCAAAUUGAAAAUGCUGAUACUCUCGUUGAUUCUCAGCAAAACUCUUUGUGUGGUGGCUCACAAAAUGUAAACAGAUCUGUAGCCGUGAUCAAUUCCCCGCCAAAUCAACAACCAUGUAGUUCCAGAAAUGCAAAUAAAUCUCCCAGCCUCAUUAUAUUGGACGGUGAUAAUCAUCCACAACCGGAAAAUUUGCAACAUAUCACGAAAGACACGAGAGAUGAUGCCCAAAGCUCAGGUUCAUCUGUUAACAUCAUCUUCCAGAGAGAAUCAGAAAGCACGGAAAAUUCCUAUAGAAGGACAGUUGAUAUCGAUGAUCCAGAUGUUGUACCAGCAUCUCCGCCACGAGAGGAGGAUCUUCAACGGAUGCGUACACGUAAGAUUUUCAGGAGAUGCUUUGAACCAACCUUUCACUUCUCUCGCAGGAUCGAAAAGAAUCAGAUACUUGCGGAAAAUUCAGAUAGUGACUGACACAAUGGCCUGUUUUUUAAAUUAUAUGAGUCAUGAAAUUCAUAAA